AUGCAGGAUGUCUGUGACAUUGCUUUCACGAAGAUUACUGAAGGUGGAAAAGCACAAUCUAUCGUCAUUUGCAACGAGGAGUCUCGGCACAAACCGGGGCUUGUGUUGAAAGCAUACCUUGCCACUUCGCUGCUAAGUAAGGAAUGA